AUGCCCGGCUUGGGGGAUUCCCAUACCCAUUUGACCUGGAACGACGGUGGUUUAGACCGAUUGGGGAGCCUUGGACUGGAAGAGCACACGCUACUCACGGCUAGAAGUGCCAAAUGCUUUUUGGAUUCGGGAUAUACCAUGUGCUUUGGGGCCGCGUCGGCGAAGAAGAGGCUGGAUAUUGUGGUUCGCGACGCGAUCAAUGCGGGCCAUAUCCUGGGCCCUCGUUAUCUAGCCAACGGCCAGGAAAUUGCGCGAGCGGGAGGUGAGCUGGUCGAAGGGAUCACUGUUUUCGCAAAUGGCGCCCAGGAAAUGCGAGAAGUUAUUCGUGGGCAUGCCCAACUUGGCGUAGAUCAAGUCAAACUCUCAAUGUCUGGGGAAUCGAUCACAGAAAUCCGGGAUGCGGAAGAUUGCUAUUUCACCCCAGAGGAGACAGCUGCAUGUGUCCAAGAGGCUCACCGACAUAGAAAGCGUGUCUGUUCGCACGCACGGGCGCGGGAUUCUAUUCAACAAAGUGUUGAUCAUGGAGUGGAUGUGAUCUACCAUGCAUCUUUUGUCGACGAGAAGGGUAUGGACGCACUGGAGAAGAAUAAGUCGAAGCUUGUAAUUGCACCUGCCAUCAACUGGAUAGUGGCUACCCUGUACGAUGCCGGUACGUUCGGCUACUCCACCGAAAAGGCCGAACAGGUAGGGUACAAGAGAGAGCUUGAUGCGGCAGAUCGUGCCAUGAGAGAAAUGCACCAAAGGGGGAUUGUGCGAUUAUGGAUUUGCUUGGACGCCUCACGGUACCUAUGUCGAGAUCUGGCGCAUUUCGUGGAUCGCUUUGGCUUUACGCCACAUGAGUCCAUCAUCGCAGCAACGUAUGGGAUGGCAAAGCUGUUCAUGCGCUCGCACGAAAUGGGCCAGAUUAAAGACGGCAACUUGGCGGAUUGCUUGGUGGUAAAUGGCAAUCCGCUCCAGGAUAUCUCCAUUUUGCGGCAGCACGACCGGCUAGACAUCAUCAUGAUCAAUGGACGUGUUCAUAAAGCCAGUAGCAAGGAGGCUGCAUUUUGCCCCGCCUGGACGGGUGGUCUUAUGGAAAGUGACAUGCUUCACAGAAACACAAGUGUACCUGUUGUUUCUUGA